GUGACAAUUGAAGUCAAAAUUGAGAAAGGCACUCGGGCGAAGCAGAUCGCGGUAGAUGUCACUCCCUCGCGUAUAAAAUGCUGCGUGUCCGGAAACCUUGUAUUUGAGGGUAAACUGAGGGACACAGUCCGAGGUGAUGAAACUGUGUGGACCCUUGAAGAUGGCGUUUUGUUACGGAUUGUACUUGUGAAAGCAACGGACUUUGCCAAUUCGGAGAAAGUGUGGGAAAGUUUGCUUGACGGAAAAUAUGUUGCCACACCGGAAGUGUAUUUUGCGAUGCAGAAGAAGCUUGACUUGGAAAAAUUUCAGAUGGAGAAUCCUGGAUUUGAUUUUAGCAGUGCCGAACUUGAUGCCAAAUUUGACAAGAUUCCAAGUUCUGUUGUUAAACAGCUUCAAAAUGCGCAGCAGUCUGGUAGUUCUUGAUGGCUGUCAAAAAAAUCGAUCUCAUAUUUUAAAAUACA